AUGUGCAAGAUCUCUCAGAUCUCAGUUCGUUAUGAAACAUACUUCGGUGGGACGAUGUUACAUUGCAGGGAAUGCAAUGAUGGUUGUACGUCUGGGAUCAUUACCUUCGUAUACUUUUUCAACGAUGGCUGCCUAGCUGAUUUUACUGCUGUUUCAUGA